AUUUGGUUUUAGAAACCUGGCAAACCCCACAUCAAAAAUCUCAAGAAAUGAGAUCACUUUCCACACGCGGCAUCUACAAGUGUUUGCCCUAUCAUCAAAAAAUCUCCAGGGACUCCAGCUGACAUGUGCAAUUUUCCAGCCAGUAAUCAUGGAUCCUACACAGAAUCCGACUCUUCGCAUUUUCAUACUGCAUCCUUGUAUGAACUAUGUACAGGAUGUAGUGAGAACAGAAAAGUGUUCGCCAGUCGCCUACUGCCCAGUCAUGGAAGAGUUAAAGUUCUCUAUAGAUUCAACAACAAGAGACUUAAGAAUCGUUUGCUGCAUCGGAACUGCAAAGAUAAAAAAAAUAAUGCCCAUUAAGGAUGUACUAAGCGGAAGGAUAAGCCGUGUAGACUUCGAGCUUCUGUUCACUCCCAAUGAGAAAGGAAAGAAGAAAGUCGAGAUGACCAUUCAGGAAGGGUCAAAAAUAUAUGCAGAAAGCAAGUUCGAGACCUCAAUAGAAGAUGAACCAGAUUAUACGCGAGAUCAAAAGGACUCACAUGGUCAUUUGCAGUACGUGCCCGACAGCAUUUUAAAGAUCUUGGCAGAAGAAAUCCGAUCACCGAAAGAAUUGAAGUCCCUUGCCUACCAGCUUGGAUUCUCUCCAUCAGCUACAAAGAAAUACCUCAACCAACCUGAGUUAUCCAUGGAAGUGCUUCGUGAUUGGAGGCGCCGGGUUCGACCAAGUCAACAGAUUGACGAGCUUCAUGAAGCCUUGAAAAAUGCUGGACUAGGACAGUCAGCAGAAAUCUUCUUACCUGAACGUAAGUAG